AAUCGAAAUAUUUUCCUUGGAAAAAUAAUAAUUUAUCUUUAGUUUCUCUCUCACCUACUUUUUAUUGUUGAACACGUUCAAAUAGAUAGAAAAAUGUUUGGUUCAAUGAAUUAUAUGGGAAACCGAUGCGCGAGUUCAUACACACUUAAGGUAAGGGGGGCAGUUACUCUAUCAUUAACAUUGAGACAAUUGUAGGUGGCGUCACAACUUUUAUAUAAGAGAAAAACACGUAUAGGCUUCAAUACAAUCGAUUAUCCGCCUCACCUGCAAACAGUAAUGUUUGUCGGCGCGAGAGCGGUCGUCUCACGUUCGAAGGCCGAACCUCCAUCGCCGAAUUCUCACGUUAGUACAAAAUUUUUUAGGAAUAGAAAGGAAGAGGAAGAAAAAUGUCACUGUUACUGCCCUUGCGUUUGGGGCGUGUUCUUUGCAAUUUUAGUAGGCCUAUUUAUGAUGGGGGCAGGAGCUAUUAUGUGUUCUGCGGAUGAAAUUUCAGAUGUGUUGAACGUAAUUAAUUCAACCAUCUCCGAAAGGGAUAAAGUUCUUUUAGUUAAGUUCAACAAAAUUAGAAUAGCCGGAAGUGUAGCCAUUGGAACUGGAAUAUUUGUUUGCGUUGUGGCUAUCGUUGUUGUUUGCGAUAUUCGUGAGAAAAAACUUUAUAUAAGAAUUGAAGAAGAGAAAAGAGAAAAGGAGAAAAUUAAGAGACCGGAUAUGUAUGAUGUUGUAAUAAAUGAAUUCAGGCGUAAAAAGAGCAGGUCAAUAGGAGAAAGAAGUCCGAGUACUUCAUCAGGUGGAGUCUUUGAAAAAUUUCGUCGUCUCAGUACUUCCUCAAUCUCAAAGAGGUCUACUUCAUCCAUAACAAACGCGCUCAAAUCUCUUCACACUUUUGCCGAACUCGAUGCAGGUGGUCUUAGACCAAUAACUCCGGCUGAAGCCAAACAUCUUCUUACACCACCUUUCGUUCAAAGUCCACUAUACUCAACGGAGAGGUCUUCCUCGGACAGACUUGAAACAGGUAUUCAUGUUGAAAGGACUGCUCACUUUGAAAAGCAAGAUGAAAUAAUACCACAAAGCGACGAGAGUGAUCCAAAACUGCAGGAUAUGGAUAGUGAACGUCCAAAAAAUUUACCAAAUAUACAAACAGUUGUCGUUCAAGAAGCUCCGAAUGCAAAAAAGAAGAAAAAGAAAAAGAAACGACGAAAAAAAAUUAGAGAAACAAAUAUUGAUAAGGUCUAAUCAAUAUAAACGAUAUUCAGAGCCCAAUUUCAACAAAGGGAUAGAAAGAAAACAAUUAAAAUCACACAUUAUGUAAAGUUUAGGUGCCAAUUUAUUAUUAUUACUAUUAUUUUGAUAAAAAAGAAGGAUAUAUUCAUGCAUUUAUAUAUAAAAAAGAAUACAAUUUUCACUUCUUUAUACUACGUUCUGUUGUAUUUUUUAGAAAUACUGUUAUUUAAAUCCAAAG